AUGUCAAAUAUGACUGUAGAGAAGGAGAGGGAGGCUUUGAUAACUGAGGCUCAUAAUCCACCCGUUACUGCUCAGAGAAGGGUCAGAAAUGACUUGGAAAAAUUUAUUCCCAAGCCCUACAUGCCUAGAGCAUUGGAAGCUCCUGAUACAAUCCACCCCCAUGGAACACCAGGUCACAGGCACUGCAACUUGUCUGUUCUUCAGCAGCAUUGUGCUUUUUUUGAUCAAGAUGACAAUGGAAUUGUUUACCCAUGGGAAACUUAUAUGGGGCUGCGUGCUAUUGGAUUUAAUGUUAUUGCAUCUGUUAUUAUGGCCAUUGGUAUCAAUGUUGCAUUGAGUUAUCCCACUCAGCCUAAUUGGUUCCCUUCUUUCCUUUUUCCUAUCUACAUAAACAACGUACACAAAAUAAAGCAUGGAAGUGACUCUGGAGUUUAUGACACAGAAGGACGUUAUGUGCCAUCAAAUCUUGAGAACAUUUUUAGCAAGUAUGCUCGUACAGUCCCUGACAAACUCACACUUGGAGAGCUGUGGGACAUGACUGAGGGAAACCGAAAUGCAUUUGAUCCAUUUGGCUGGGUCGCAGGUAAACUUGAAUGGGGGGUUCUGUACAUUCUGGCUAGGGAUGAGGAAGGUUUCUUAUCUAAAGAAGCUGUUAGAAGAUGCUAUGAUGGGAGCUUAUUUGAAUACUGUGCUAAAAUGCAUGCUAGUAGUGAUGCCAAGAUGGGUUGA